AUGGCAGGCGGCGGUGAAAACAGCCCCAUCAUUGAUGGCAUCGUCAAGAACGACAAAGUGCCAUGGUAUCGCAAGAAGAACCUUCGCAGCCUCUACCUCUGGCUGGUGCCAUUUGCCAUGUUCAUUGAAAGCACCAGUGGUUUCGACUCGUCUAUGAUGAACGGUCUCCAAGGCCUCAGCUAUUGGAAGAGCUACUUCAACAAGCCCGACGGUGCUAUUCUCGGUCUCUUGGUCUCCUGCUACAGUCUUGGUGCCAUCACAGCAAUUCCAUUUGUCCCCUUGGUGUCAGAUUGGGUCGGCCGCCGCUGGUCAGUGGUCUUUGGCUCGGCCGUCAUGAUCGUCGGAUCAAUUCUGCAGGGCCUUUCCCAAAAUCUUGCCAUGUUCAUCAUAUCACGAAUGGUCCUCGGUCACGGUAUCGUGUACGCCAUUGUCGCUGGCUCAGCUCUUCUCGGUGAGCUCGGCCACCCUAAGGAGCGUCCUUUCCUGGGCUCCAUGUUCAAUGCUUUCUACUCGGUUGGCGCACUCCUUGGUGCCGGUAUCGUCAUUCAGACUUUGCAGAUCAAGAGCCACUGGAGCUGGCGCUUGCCAUCGAUCCUACAGGCUGCACCUUCGCUUAUCCAGGUCGCCACUUGCUUUAUGAUUCCAGAGUCACCUCGAUGGCUCAUCUCCAAGGAUCGCCAGGAGGAGGCCCUCAAUAUCCUUAUCAAGUACCACGCUGAGGGCGAUGCUUCCAACCCAUUGCCACACGCCGAAUUCGCCGAAAUUAAGAAAGCGCUCGAGAUUGAAAACGAGGAACGUAAACGUGGAUGGCUUGAAUUGUUUCAAUCCCCCGCCAUGCGUCGCCGAGCUCUUGUCUCGGGCGCCCUUGGAGUCUUCUGUCAGUUCAGUGGUAACGCCUUGAUCUCACAAUACUUGGUCAAGAUCCUCGGCAUGAUCGGCAUUGAUUCUGAAGAGGCACUAAAGUUCAGCGUUGGUCGUGAAGCCUGGGGUUUGGUCGUCUGCUUCACCUUGGCUAGCAUCACACCACGCUAUCCUCGUCGUCGGAUGUAUCUACUCUGCACGACAGCUCUUAUUCUCUGCUACACUGCCUGGACCGUCGCCCAGGCUCGACAGAUGAUCACCAAGUCCGAGGCCGCCGGCAUUGCCACCAUCUUCUUCAUUUUCCUCUACACGCCAUGCUACAACAUUGGUUACAAUGCACUGACCUAUGUCUACUUGGUCGAGCUCUGGCCAUACUAUGCCCGUACCAAGGGAAUUACAUGGUUCCAACUCUGCUCUCGCACAGCCAGCACCUUCGGUGCACAGGUCAACCCCAUCGGGUUGAAGAACAUCGGGUGGAAAUACCUGCUUGUCUAUAUCUGCUUCUUAGCCUUCGAAAUCGUCUUCAUCUACUUCUUGUUCCCAGAAACACAUGGCAAGACACUCGAGGAGUUGACUUUCUUGUUCGAGUCCGAAGCAGAACGAGCUCGUGAGCUCGAAUCUGCCACUCACAAGGCACUGGGCCACCACAUUGAAGACACCACCGAAAUCCAUGAGGUCAACCCAAAGGCCGUAGAGGUUACUGAGAAGGCUGCAUAA